GUGGCGAGUGCCCCUGCGCGGGCCCCGUGGCCGGUUGCCCCGGAGACCGGGGAGCUGCGCGGUGUCGGGGUCAGAGGCAGGAGGCGGCGCCGGGGGGCCCGGGGGCAAAGAGCGUGACGAUGCAGCCCUCUGUUACAGCUGGUUUAUAAAGUUUGCCUUAAUGAAUACAGUUUUUGGCUCUAUUCCCAUCUUAUUCAGGCAUCCGUCCAUUUAUGGCCUGUCCCGGAUCACCAGUAGCCUGUACCUCAGCAAUGGUACGGCUGCCAAUAACAAGCUCCUGCUCUUUGCCAGCCAAAUCACUACUGUCAUCAAUGUGUCCGUGGAGGUGGUGAACACCUUCUAUCCAGACAUUCACUACAUGCACAUCCCUGUAACUGACACCCCCAUCUCUCGCCUCUACGAUUACUUCGACCCCGUGGCAGAUAGGAUCCAUAGCGUGGACCUGCAGCAAGGCCGGACACUGCUACACUGCGCUGCAGGCAUCAGCAGGUCAGCUGCCCUGUGCCUGGCCUAUUUGAUGAAGUACCAUGCCAUGUCUCUAGUGAAUGCUCAUGCCUGGGUCAAGUCCUGCCGCCCCAUCAUCAGACCUAACAAUGGGUUCUGGCGACAGCUUGUCCAGUACGAGUAUAAACUCUUCGGCACCAAUACAGUCCGAAUGGUCAACUCUCCACUGGGCUUGAUUCCAGAUCUCUAUGAAAAUGAAGUAAGAAUAAUGAUAGCGUUUUGACUAACCAGCUUUACCACAUCUUGUGAAGGAGCCCAGAGGGAAAAUGAAGGGGCAGCUCAGCUUGAUCACGUUUGGAACUUGGACAAUAAACUCUUCAGCCUGGUGAGGUUUGCUGCGUUGCUCCCUGCUAGUAUAAGUAUAGGGGAUUAGCUGAGACGAAUGGGGACGUCUGAUUUUUACUAUAAAUAAAACCAAAUUUAAACUA